AUGGCUGCCUCCAAGGCCGAGGCCCAAAAGAUCUUCGAGAAGAUAAAACUCAAGCCCGCAAACAAGAUCUGUUUCGAUUGCGGCUCUAAGAACCCGACCUGGUCCUCCGUGCCCUUCGGUAUCUACCUCUGCCUGGACUGCUCCUCCAACCACCGCAACCUGGGUGUCCACAUCUCCUUUGUCCGCUCCACCAACCUCGACCAAUGGCAAUGGGAACAGCUCCGGGUGAUGAAGGUCGGCGGCAAUGAGUCCGCUACCAAGUACUUCCAAUCGCAUGGCGGAUCGGCCGCUCUGGCCAGCAAGGACGCCAAAGUCAAGUACACUUGCAAUGCCGCCGUCAAGUACAAGGAGGAGCUGAAGAGACGGGCCGCGCAGGAUGCGCAACAAUACCCCGAGGAGGUAGUCAUUACAGACGUCCCCGCCGACAUUCCGUCCAACGGCUCCAGCACCCCCGCCGGUGAUGAGGACGACUUCUUCUCCUCCUGGGACAAGCCCUCCAUCAAGCGUCCCAGCAACCCUCCUUCCCGCACCGGUACCCCCCCGGUCGUCAGUCGCACCGCCUCGCCGUUCCUGAACUCCGGCGCAAACGGCUCGCGCUCCAAGUCGCCCCUCUCCGCCGACAAGGAGGCCGCUUCCCCUGCCCCUGCCGCCAUCCGGGCCAGCGCUGCUGUCCGCAAGACCCCCUCGACUGCUGCAGCCAAGAAGGGCAGCGUGUUGGGCGCCAAGAAAGCCCCCAAGCUGGGGGCCAAGAAGGUCGCCGCCGCGGAAAUCAUUGACUUCGAUGAGGCCGAGAGGAAGGCCAAGGAAGAAGCCGAGCGCAUCGAGAAGCUGGGAUAUGACCCCGAAGCUGAACAGGCGGAGGCGGAUGCCAAGGCUAAGACUGCCAGCACCGCUGCCACUGCGAUUGCCUCCCCGUCUCCUAUCAGCCCGGGCAAGGGCAACUUCGGCGCCACCCGCACCUCCCAGGAACGCAGCUCCGGUGAUGUGGAGCGUCUUGGUAUGGGCAUUGGAAGACUAGGAUUCGGACAGACUGUCGGCGCGAAGCCCGCCGCCCCGAAGAAGCUGGGCUUCGGCGCUGCUCCGACCAGAUCUGCCGCUGAUGAUGAGGAGGUGAAGCAAAACAAGUCCCGGUUUGGCGCCCAGAAGGGUAUCUCUUCCGAUGAGUUCUUCGGACGGGAUCGUUUCGACCCCGCUGCACAGGCCGAGGCGAAGGACCGUCUCCGUCAGUUUGACAGCGCCACGGCUAUCUCUAGUAACAGCUACUUCGGCCGCCCCGAGGAUGAGCUUCCCGCUGCGGACGAUACCUACGGGGAUAUCGAGAAUGCCGCCAAGGACUUUGUGCGUCGGUUCGGCAUCACGGCAGGUGAUGACCUGGAGAACCUGACGCAGCUUGUCGGAGAGGGUGCAGUCAAGCUGCAAGGCGCUAUACGCAGCUACCUGAACAGCUGA